AUGGGCAAGCAAUUUGGAACUAUGGCAAAUAUACCCUAUGAAACUCAUUUUGAUCUGAUCAACGAACGAGAAACCAAAUUCGAUGAACUGUUUCGUGCCGGCGCAUUCUCACCGUUACUUCUUCAACAAGUAAUAGGCACUUUCUUUCUUUUGCUUGUACCACUUGUCAUUCGCCGUAGGAGUACGACCCAUUCAAUAGUUCAGCGUUAUGGGUUUCAUGCAAUUAUCACAGCGUUUUGUGCAUAUACGAUACUUGAAGUGCGAUUUCUGGGUCCUGCCAAUGGUUACGGUACCGGGUUGAUUACAACUUGGUUUUAUAUAUGGAGCACUACGAUACUUCUCGCCAAUGAUGUCCAGAGAGAUUUUAGAAGGAUUAUCAAGGGGCCUGUCAACGAAAAGGGCAGUAGCAACCAACAAAGUGGAUCCUCAGAGGGUGUCGAUAACACCUCGAACUUGAGACGUAGGUCAGCUCCUCCGAAAACGAAUGUUUCCCAACAACACCCAAAAAUCUACGAGUGGCAACCCUUUCCGCGGAAACUUUCUGAUCGAAUCGACUGGGCCAGUGACCUGAUAUUCAAUUUCAGAGGCCCUAAUUGGAACUGGCGUCUGAGAUCACUGCCGCCUUUGCCAGAACUCGUCCUCAAAGACAUCGACGAGGACAUAGCAUCUGCGGAACAAACCAAACAUUCGCAGCCAACAGACCACGAACCACCGGCGGUAAAAUUACGAUAUGUGCUCCGUUCGUUUCUACGGGACUACAUAGCCCUGGACCUCCUCAAACUUCUCUUGAUGCGAGAUCCAUACUUUUGGGGCUACGUAGAUAACCCGCCAUCUCCACCAUGGCCUUUCAAUUUUCUUGUCUGGUCUCCAGUUCUCGUCCGCACAUACCGCAUCAUCCUCAGCCUGGCAUCAGUCCUCUUCGCACUUGACAUCAUCACCUCCUUGAACCCGCUUUUCUUUCUCGGCAUAGCCCACCUGUUUCCCAAUUUCGCACGCGCCAUCACUCGUCAACCUCUGGGUGAAGCAUGGUUAUACCCCGACUCCUUUGGCCCCGCAAUCUCGGUCCUAGAUCACGGUCUGGUCGGCGCAUGGAAUACCUGGUGGCACCAACUAUUCCGUUUUGGAUUCUCAGAGAGUAGCCGCUUCCUCACCGAUCUAGUGUUGCCUUUUGGAAGUUACCAAGGUAAAGGGUACAAGUCCGCUCGACGUAUCCUGCAAAUCAUGCUCGCAUUUUCCCUCAGCGGGUUGGUCCAUGCCAUGGGUAGUUACACCACGUUCUCCGACUCACGGCCCUGGAACGCAUUCCUCUUCUUCGUCCUACAGGGCGUCGGGGCACUGGCACAAUACUUCUUUGAAGUUUCUAUCCUUCCGGCCUCGUUCAGACCACCGCGAUGGCUCGUUCGAACUACUAAUCUCAUUCUAGUUGUUUUGUGGUUCUAUUUCACCGGCCCCUUGGUAGCAGAUGAUUUCGCGCGUGCUGGUAUAUGGAUGUUUGAACCUAUCCCAGUGAGCUUUCUGCGUGGAGGGUUAGGGCUUGGUGUCAAGGGUGAUACGUGGUGGUGUUGGAGAGGAUCGUGGUUUGAGCUGUAUGCUGGUGAUACAUGGUGGCAGAGCGGGAUUCGGCUUGUAUAG